AUGGAUAAAACGAAAUUGAAAAUCGAUGGAAUGUCCUGUCAACAUUGCGUCAAAACGGUAACCGAUGCACUCACAGAACUUCCGGGCGUUCGGCGUGCGAAGGUAAACUUACGCAAAGCCGAGGCUGUCGUUCAUUUCGAUGCCUCGCGCGUUACCCCAGCAAAUCUCACAGAGGCGAUAACCGCAGUGGGUUUUAAGGUUUUUGAAUAA